CAGCUGUAGAAAAUUAUUAAGCUGUGAUAUGAUUCUGAUUCACCCUUCAUUCGGUAGGAAGUAUGAAUAUUUAACUAAUGAAGCUCCUUGCGUUCUUGACUGCACUCCCAGGAGUGUUCAGCUGGUUACAACUCACUGGCCUGAAGGGAGGAUCUCUCAGUAUCCCCUGCAUCUAUGAUAUGAAGUACAGAAACCAUAUGAAAUACUGGUGCAGGGGGCCGAGCUGGAUUUUCUGCUCAAUUUUAAAGAAAAGCAUAACUCAACAAAGAGACACUGACUCAUUAUUAAUUUCAGACAACAAAAGCCAACGUGUUCACUGUGACUAUGAGGGGGCUGAAGAUGGAUGUUCCUUUGGAUUCUUUAUGCAAAAUAAUCGCCUGACAGGCUUAGCGGAGAGACAGCUAGAUGUUCCAUGUGAAUAUGGUCCUGCUCUCCAAAGCUAUGUGAAAAUGUGGUGUAAAGGUAUGGAAGUGAGAAGCUGCAAGGUGCUGAGAGGUGAAAGCACUGAUACAUCCAGCAGAGUAUCAACUACGGACAACAGAACACAGAGAGUAUUCACUGUGACUCUGAGAAGACUGAGCCCAGAAGACGUGGGCUGGUACUGGUGCACCACAGAGAAGAAAGAGUAUAAGAUCCCUCUCGACCUGACAGUCCAAGAAGAUAAGACGAGCCUUUGCCUCACUUGAAUCACUGUUUCUUAAUCACUUCAUUGCUCUUCACAUUGGGCCAUCGGGACUGCGUGACACUUUGGGGCAAAGGUCAGCAUCCUGUCUUUGUGAGGUCAUAUAAGUGAUUUAAUGUGAUUCCAGUACAAUAAACGUAAAUGCAAUACUGUGCUUAAUCAAGCCUUGCUUGAGAAUUUUAAAUAUAGAACUGCAUUCCUACAACAGGGACAGGAUUGCCCUGGAUACUGACAAAAGGUUUAAGAACAACAGUAAUUCCACCACCUACCAGCAAGGUGAAUCAGAGGAAGAGGAUGUCUAUACAUCAAUGUCAAAUCCAAAGAACA